CUUGGAAAACACAAUGACACCACAAGGCUGAAGGCUGGGCUGGGAAAGGCAUCCUCUGCACCAGAUCAGAUACAACGGUAACCAGUCCUCCUUGCCAUGGCUAAGAGCGCAGAAGUGAAGCUGGCCAUCUUUGGCCGAGCUGGAGUAGGAAAAUCAGCUCUCGUCGUACGUUUUCUGACCAAGCGGUUCAUAUGGGAGUAUGACCCUACUCUUGAGUCCACUUACCGUCAUCAAGCCACCAUUGAUGAUGAGGUUGUUUCCAUGGAAAUACUAGAUACAGCUGGGCAGGAGGAUGUUAUUCAGAAGGAAGGGCAUGUACGAUGGGGUGAAGGAUUUGUGCUGGUUUAUGACAUCACAGAUAGAGGCAGCUUUGAAGAAGUCCUUCCCUUAAAGAACUUGUUGGAUGAAGUCAAAAAACCCAAGAAUGUUACUUUGAUCCUAGUUGGGAACAAAGCAGACCUGGACCACUCCAGGCAGGUCAGCACUGAAGAAGGGGAGAAGCUGGCCACAGAACUAGCUUGCGCCUUUUAUGAAUGCUCUGCAUGUACAGGAGAAGGCAACAUUAUGGAAGCUUUUUAUGAGCUUUGUCGGGAAGUGCGACGCCGGAAAAUGGUUCAAGGCAAGACUCGGAGGCGAAGUUCCACUACUCAUGUGAAGCAAGCAAUUAACAAGAUGCUUACCAAAAUUAGCAGCUAAAAUAUCUAUAUUUUUUUUCCUUUCAGAAGAGGUGCAUUUUGCAGGAAGAGGGAACAGAAGGCUUAACUGUGUUUGUCAAUAGGAUGGUCAAAGCUUUGCAUUUUUAUUAUUAAUUAUUAUUAUUGUUGUUGUUAUUAUACCAUCACCUCAUUAUUCUUGAAGUUAAGAGAUGCAAGGAAAGUUUCAGGAAUGGUAAUACAUGCUCUACUCCAGUUUUGUUUAUCACCAAAUCAUAUCUUUAAAAAAAAGGUAUGUGGAAGAUGUAUCAGAAUGCAUCAAGAAUUUACCCAACACCAUUGGUUUUGCAUGCUCACAUGUGGCUAUUAUAUGAUGGCUUGUCAUUGUCUAAGAGGUGACUAUCAAGUCUUUGUGGGGUGCAAUAGCUGGUUAGUGCACCACCGCGGUCUCCAGAAAGUUACUUCAUAAGCCAUUGACACGAGGCAUUCAAAGAGUGAACUUUGCCACACAACCUUAUCUAGUCCAAACAUCCAAGCAGAGAGAAAGAUGUUAAGGAUGGAUGUGUGAAUCAGUCAAUUUCAAUUUCACUUAACUUUGCCUUUUGUCAACCUUAAAUUCAUUUCCUUCUACGUCUGCAUUAAUUUGCAAUUUUAAGGAAAAAAAAUUGCACAAUUUCAGACACAUUUUUGUGCAUUUCUCUCAAUGUGCACAUUUUUGUAGGCGCUCCCCCUUAAUGUACAUAAUUUUAGAUGGCAUUUAUACAAUUUUUUGGCAAGUGAUUUUUUUCCUAAUGUCAUUUAAAAAAAAAUCCUCUGAUGUUAUAAACAUUCGAUAUGUAUUUUUCAGUUGCAUCCUACACCUUAAUAUUUGUAAGAGAGCAUUUAGGGAAGUGUGAAUUACGCAACUAUCAUUGCUGUUUAGAGCACUGUUAAAAAGCUGAACAUGAGAUGGGUCCCAAUGAUGGCAGUAUUCUUUUCAUAGGCCUCCCUUCUCAAUUUGAACGUAUUUCAAAAAUCCAUCCUAGAAUGUAAUUAAUUUUGAAUAUAUGUUAAAAUAAGAGAGAAUAUCAUAGAUUUCUCCACUUAAAGUGUAUAGGGAAAGACUGACAGAGCCCCUCUUCCCCUCACCCUUUUAUCCAGUACUUCAACUUUAGAUGACCAGCAGCAAGGUGGAUGGACUCAGUUACAGUGGUGAUGAGUGCACUGUUGGAAGACCUAAUGACCAGG